GACAGAUAUGAAGCCGCAGCUUCCGGUUGAUCCUCCUUUUCGGCAGCGGCUAGAUCUUCGCCAACAUGCCACUCGCAAAAGACUUGUUGCACCCAUCCCCUGAGGAGGAGAAGAGGAGGCACAAGAAGAAGCGUCUCGUUCAGAGUCCCAACUCCUACUUUAUGGAUGUGAAAUGUCCAGGAUGUUACAAGAUCACAACGGUGUUCAGCCAUGCCCAGACAGUCGUGCUGUGUGUGGGCUGCUCAACAGUCCUAUGCCAGCCCACCGGAGGAAAAGCUCGCCUGACAGAGGGGUGCUCAUUCAGGAGGAAGCAGCACUAAACUCUCCUCGGAGCUGAAGGGAGAGCAGGGGAUGGACCGGUCGAUAUCAGCGUGUCUCGAGAGAGACUGGCACAGAGUCCUGCAGUCGGAUUGGAAAUGAGACCAGAAGACUGGACUGGACAGCUGAUGGGAUUUCCACAGUUGGUGUCAACGGAUCAAAUGUUGCUGUAAUUCCACUCUCCAACCCUGUUUCUCUCAAUAAAUAUUGUUUUGGCUAAA